GAUACUUAUAUUUCAAGUUAUAUUGAAAACAAUGAAUCAAUAAUAACUAGCAAACAUGACAUAGUUUUUGAUUUACUUUCUUCAUAUUUUGGAAAGAAAAUGACAAAAACUAUAGUGAAAUAUGCUACACCAGAUUUUAUUUCAGAUAGAAUCCAGUUUGAAUCUUUAGAAGAAGAACAUGAUGAAUAUACAAUUAUGAUACCUCCAUGCUAUGAACAUUUGUACUUUAAUCGCAUGGAAGAGGAGAUAGUGAAAAAGAAUUUUUAUGAUGUAUUUGGAAACACACAAUCCCAUAUUCAAUUAUAUCAAGAGAAAUUUAUUGAUUUCUUCUCCAAAAAGAAAGAUAUUAUGGAACAAUUACUACACAAUAGAUGGCCUCUUUAUCUUUCAUCGAUGUAUGGAUGUGGUAUUUUUGUACAGUUUUUGUUGGAGCAACACACCCCAUCUGAAUUACUACAAGAUAUUUCUGAUAAAAGCAGCUUUGAAAUAGCAGCUAAUGACAGUGACACUGAAGAUGUUGAAACUGACUCAGAUAGAUAUAGAAUUACACACAAAAAUGCACCCUUAGUAAUAGCAUGUACAGAGGGUCAUUUACAGAUAGUUCAAAUUCUUGUCAAAUAUGGAUAUGAAGUUGAUUGUGUCAAACCAGGACUCCUUUCCCCCUUGUAUGCUGCAUGUUACUAUGGUCAUUCAGACACUGUGCAGUAUCUCCUGGGAUGUAAGUGUAAGGUGGAUUUGGAAAAUUGUGAUGGUCUAACAGCCCUUCACGUUGCUUGUAUGAAGAAUAACCCAGAAAUUGUUUCAUUACUAUUAGAAAAAGGCUAUACCAUCAACAAACCAGGAUUUUGCAAAGAGACUCCUUUUUUUAUUGCUUGCAAAUGGGGUAAUCUAGAUGUUGUGAACAUUCUUCUGAAAUACAAUUAUUGUGAUAUUACUAUAUGUAACAGUUUAAGUGAAAGUCCUCUACAUGUAGCUUGUAGAAAUGGACAUGAAGAUUUAGUGGAACUACUGAUAAGAAAUAAAUCUGAUGUCAAUGUCAUAAAUUAUUUUGGCAAAACAGCACUGCAUGAGGCUUGCUCUUCAUACUAUACUCAAGUUUUAGUUCAGGAUUAUGAUACUUGGUCAAUUGGAGGUGAAGGAGAUGACAUUCAGAAUGAUGAAGUUGAACAUGACAUGAAUAUAAUUGAGGAUAAAAUUUCAGUCAGCACUGAAACGUUUCGGAAAAGAAUUGUGGAAAUGUUGUUGCACAAUAAUGUAAACCCGUGUAUAGCUGAUUGUCAUGGCAACACCGCACUUCAUAUGGCAGCUGAAAGUGGUUAUCCAACAAUAGUGGAUAUUUUGUUGAAGAAGUUGCUUAAAAUAAAUAAAAUGGCAUUGGUAAAUGAAGAUAAACCAGAUGAUCUGUACAAAACAGUUAUCCCACCCCUUUUUUUCUCAAGUAGUAAAUGUGUUGUCAAUGUAUUUGUACAACAUACCUGCAACAUGAAUAUUCUAGAUUCACAUGGUCGAAAUGCUUUACAUUAUGCUAGUGUAAAGGGUUAUUUAGAAAUAGUAGAAUUCUUGUAUGACAUUGGUUGUAAAAUGGAUCUUAUAAAUGCUUCAGGAGAGAGUGUUCUUCAUGCAGCAUGUCAGGGAGGAAAUGAGGAUAUUGUGGAAUUUUUCCUAAAGAGAGGAUGUGACCCUAAUCACACUGACAAUUAUGGACAUACUCCUUUAUUUGUGGCAUGUGAGAGAUCUAAUAUAAAGGUUGUAAAAAUAUUGAUAAAAUAUCACUGCGAUGUUGAUAAAAUCAAUAUUGGAGGAUGCAAUGCUUUACAAAAAGCAUGUUUGAAUGGUCAUGCUAACAUAGUUGAUAUUUUGCUCAAAAAUAAAAUCAACAUCAAUCAGGCCGAUAAUUCGAACAACACCCCACUGUUCUAUGCAUGUUUUCAUGGUUACAAAGAUGUUGCCAGUUUAUUAAUAGAGAAUAAAAGUGAGGUAAAUAUUCCUAAUAAAGACGGACAAAUUGUUUUACACAUGUCAUGCUGGUAAGGUCAUCUAGAAAUUACACAGUUAUUAUUACAAAAUCACUCGAACAUUAAUCAACCUGAUAAAUCAAAUCUAACACCUUUACAUCUGGCAGCCACAGAAGGAUACAACGAUAUAGUGGAAUUAUUGAUUGAACAUGGUUGCGAUAUCAAUGCUUGUGACAUCAAUGGCCACAAUGCUUUGCAUCAUGCAUGCAUCCAGAAGGUAGAACAUGACAAUCUGCUUUGGAUAAGUUGUUGUUCAAGAUAUCAUCGACAGGAUCAUUCUCAGAAAGAGGUUGUUGUUCUUCUACUGCAAAAUAAAUGUGAUGCCAAUCAGGAAGAUACCUUUGGUCAGAUACCUUUGCAUAUAGCAUGUGAGACAUAUACAUCACAUAGAUAUCUAAGAUGUAUGACAGAUAUCGUUAAACUGUUAUUAAAGAGUGGUUGUGACAUAAAUAAGUGUGAUAACUCGCACAGGUCACCAUUCCUUGUUGCCUGUGAAAAGAACGGAUAUAAAUCUGAAGAGAUUUUGACUACUCUGGUUGAAAACAACUGUGAUGUCAAUAUCAAAGACAGCAAUGGACAAACUGGGCUCGAAAUUUGUACAUCAAAGGGAUUUACUUGGAUGACUGAAAUUUUGCUCCAUAGUCAAAAUUCAAAAAUUGAGGCUACAAAGGAAAAUGCUUAAGUUUAUGUUGCAAUUGUUAUAAACAAUAUACAUUUAUCUGUGCUUCAAUAAAUUAAAACAACAAGAUUUUCUUUAGAAUAAUACAAAAAACUAUGCGAAAUAGGAAACAGUCACGGUUAUCAAAUAAUAUUUCUUUAAAACAUUUGAGAA